GUCGAAGUUAAUGUGGGCGAGGGUAGCUCUCAAGGGCAGAGCAAUUGACGGAGAGACUCACGAGGCGCGCAGAGAGCUCCAAACGCUGCAUUAUAUACCAGCAGCCCCGCGCUUGACCUUUCCGCGAUCACAGAGCGAUAAGCACUGCGAGAGCAGCAACUGCAGCGCAACCAUGGGCAAGAAGUACAACAAAGGACGAGGCGGCAGCGGCAAACGAGGAGGCCCAAAACACACCGCGAAGGCCACCGUCAAAAAAGGCUCGAAGGCCCGCCUCGCAAGGUUCGGCAAGAUCGCGAAGCAAGGGCAAAGUGGCAUCAACAGCGCCUACAUGACGCGCGGGACCAUUCUGAGGAGGCUGCAGCUCACGCUGAAAGAUUUUAGACGCCUAUGUAUCUUGAAAGGAGUGUAUCCGCGCGAUCCCCCGAAAACGCCCACUGCCGGUAAAGAUAAAGUCUACUACCACGCCUCGGACAUCCAGCAGUUGGCGCAUGAACCGCUGCUCAAGGAGUUCCGCGACUUCAAGGCCGCCAUGGUCAAAGUCCGGAAAAGCGUGGGCCGGAAGGACAUCGAUCGGGCAAGAUCGAGGUACGAAGAGGCGCCCCAAUACGAUGUACAUCAUCUAGUGAAAGAAAGGUACCCGACCUUCGAUGCGGCAUUAGCUGAUCUAGAUGACGCCUUAUGCACGAUCGCGCUGUUCGCGACUCUACCAGCCGCGGGUCGCGUCUCGCCGGAACACACGUCAGAAAGCAAGAAAGUACUAAAGUGGUGGCAGCAGUACGUCGCGCAUUCCCACUCCCUGCAGAAGGGCUUCAUCAGUGUGAAGGGCGUGUACUUCCAGGCUUCUAUCCAGAAACAUACGGUGACGUGGUUGGUGCCACAUAGCUAUACGCAGGACGUGCCUAAAAAAGUGGACUUUAGGGUCAUGCUUACCUUUUUGGAGUUCUAUACCGCUUAUGUGAAAUUUGUACUUUAUAAGUUGUACAAGGAGUCUGGUCUAGCCUUUCCGCCCGCUACGGCAGACACGACGUCGCAGUUCUUCGAAUUAGUUGGGAGUGACCACGAGGGCCCGUUGUCCGGUUUAUCUUUGUCUUUGCGGCGGGAGGCGUCCUAUUCUUGGCUCGACUUCGCGGCUUGUAGUGCCGGUGCUCGAAUUGUUGAUGAAGCGGAGUGUACGCAUAUCGUAGCUGAUCGAGUUCUGAAAGAUAUUGAUAGCAAUAAGGAGCACGUCCAGCCCCAGUGGGUCAUCGACUCCUUGAAUGCGGGCCGGGCGAAGCCCUGCGCGCCGUAUCAACCGGGUGGUAGUGCGCCGCCGCAUUUGUCACCGUUCGUCGAAGCCGACGACGAGGAGGAUAGUGAUAGUGAGGACGAGGCCGACGCGCCGCCUUCACCAAAACCGGAAAAGGAGGCCAAGGACAUGGCGAAGAUGCUCAUGUCGAAGAAGGCCAAAAGAUUGUAUGGCAGGAUGCAGCACGGCCGCGAGCGCAAGCAGGCCGCCGUCGCGAGAUUACGGAAAAGGAGGGAAUUGCUGGCCGCGCGUUCUAGGCAGUAGUAAGGGGGAACUCUGUGAA